UCAUCAGCUGUUUGCGAACGUUUCAAACGUAAAAAAAUUCAUUUUGCGUUAGUUUUUUUUUCUUCUAAAAUAGUUGCCCGACAAAAAUCCUGAAACUGAAAGCAAUAUUGGAAAAUUCUGACAAAAAUAAUAAAAAUUUUAAUAAACCAUAAAGUGCAUUACAUACAUAAUAUAUAAUUUGAACACGACAGAUUGUGAGCAAAAUUUGUUAACACGCAACUAACUGCUUGCUGGUGUCUCGGUAAUCGAGCAUUCGAAGUCGAUCAAAGGCAAACUGUUAAUUUUUGUCAAAUGGAGAGCAAAAACGAGGAUUCGGGCGGCAGUGACUCUUUGGAUAAAACUUUGCAACAAAAAUGUAAAAUGGACGAUGUUGGGCAAGGAGAAGGUAAAGCAGAAUUGACGGCCGAUAGCGGUGGCGACGGUGCGAAUGUAAGAGAUAAGCCGAAAGAAAACGAAUUGGUCCAAUGUGAGCAACAACAGAAUUCCUCCUCUAAACCACAAAAGACUGAGACUUAUCUAAUGGGUGAUGGCAUUAAUGCAGCGGCCACUGAGGCCAGAGAAUCUUCUCUGAGGUACUUCAAGGCUAGCAGUACAAUAAGUAAUACAAUAUUCUCACGGGAGGAUAGCGACAGCAGUAGUAGUAGCAAUAGUGUUAAUAACUCCAUUAAUAGCAGCAGCAAUAGCGGCAGCAGCCAUAAAAUCAAAUGUACGGGUUCUCAUAAUAUAGAAACAAAAGUUAAACAGAUUUCUCAAAAUUUGCAAGAAACCAGUCUGGAAACACUGUUCCCAGCUUUAGGUGGGGACAAAUCUACAACAACAAAGCUAUCGACCGAAGAAAAUCCAAUCAUCACCCCAUCAAUAACAUCAACCGGUACGUCUUCAGAUGCUUUGCCAGGUUCAAGUACGUCGUCAACCGCUGUAUUAGACAAUGAGCAACCAGGACCUUCACGUUCUAAUUCAGCCACUAAUUCCGACAGUACGCUGUCGCAUUCUGAAUUGGAUUCAAGUUCUUUAGCUGCCAAUGAUUCUAUGGAAGACGCCAGUGACCAUCGGUCUAAGAAGGUGCGUUUUCAUCCCGACGCUAAAGAAAACGAUGGCGGCAAUAGAAUUAUACCCAAAAAGAAAAAGAAAAUCAAAUUGCAGCCGACUGAUGAGAGUCCCAGCGUUAGUGCAAAGGUGUCAGGCAGCGAUUCAACUGACAUGGAAUUCGAUGAAAGCGGUGAAGAAGAAAUGUACGAAGAAGAAGAGGAAUUCGAUGUAGAAAAAACGAUAGCGGAGUCUGAAAAUUAUUUAAAACUACAUCCUAUAACGUUCGUACCCUCGCCAGCGCUAAAUACAUCCACAAGAGUACCUAGUAGCACAGGAAUAAUGAAGGAAGAAGACCUCCAAUCAGACGAAAAAAUAAAUGAUCAGUUAGAAGAGGAAACCGAGCUAGAAGCUGCUGCCGAAAAUGGCGUCGAAUGCAUAUUAGGAAAAAAAACCAUAAAUGGAGAGUGUUCUUUUGUUUUAAAGUGCUCUUACUUAUUACGCUAUGUGGAUAAGGCUGGCUCGUAUUGGGAACCUGAAGAUUUUAUAAAUAAAAACUGCCCAAAAUUGCUCAACAAAUACGAGGAGAGUCAACAAAUCCAACAGGAUCGUUUAAUGUGUUAUGUUGCCCAACGUCAAAAUUUACGUCAAGGUUACACUGACUUUUAAAAGUGCAUUUCUGUAGAGAGUAUUCAUAAAGAAGUCAUACGAAAAAAGUUGAGUAUUGAAAUUUAAAAACCAAGAUUUAAGUUAUCUGGAAUGAAAUCAAAAGAUUUUCUAUUUAAAAUACCUUUCCAAUUUUACUGGUUAUAACUGAAAUCUUGUUCUUGUAUAAAUUCUUAGAACUGCAAUCUCCACAAUAAUUGAAAUAAUUUGUAAUCUUUGAUUAUGUUAAAAAUGAACACGCAUUGGCAAAAUAUUCAUCAAAUAUUUAAUUAUUAAGGAGCAUAAUGUAAGCGGCUUAUUUUUUUGUAAUAUUUUUUGCCUAAAAGUAAAGAAUUGAACAACCUUAAAUAUAAUUUAUUUGAU